AUGGCGCCAGCACUUGUUACUUUCGCCAAAUUUUGCUUAGGACAAGACACGACGUACUUAUUACCUUUUGGUUUUGUAUUGCCUUUUGAUCCCCUUAACCACUGGGUUCGGUAUAUCGCGGUGUAUUCUUUUCAAGUAUAUUCAAUGUUUCAUUUUGUCUACGUGUUUAUUGGGACUCAAACGUUGAUGGUUACUCUGUGUGCCUUUUUGACCGCGGAGUUUGGUCUUCUUCAGCACGACUUUGUUCAUGUCAACCUAGAACCAGAACAGAAUCAUUCUACAAUCAAGGAUUGCGUUCGGAAACAUCAGCUUCUCUUGUCAUACACAGACAUGUUUAAUGACAUUUUCAAUAAAAUGUUGUUCAUCGACCUACUUUUUGUAUCACUAACAGUAUGUUUUUUUGCCUUUGCGGCUACUGUGGCGAAAGGAAUAUUGGAGCUAGUCAAUAAUUUCGUCGCCGUUAUCGCUUUGUUACUUCCUACAUUAAUAUUCUGUUAUUACGGGGAACAGCUCAAGGAGGAGAGUGCUGGCAUCGCAGACUCAGCGUACAACAGCAAAUGGAAUAUCGCGAAUCUAAAAUACAGAAAAAGCAUAAUUUUUAUUAUUAAGAGAGCUCAGAAACCGUCGUGUUUAAUGUCCUUGGGCUACGUACCUGUAACACUACACACAUUUUCUAGGGUAGUAAGCACAGCGUGGUCAUAUUUUUCACUGAUAAGAAGUGUUUACAAAGAUAUCUAA